AUGUAUGGCUGCCAUUUUAAAAUGCAGACUGGUGGUGGAGCUAAAAAUCCGCCAUGGGCACGUUCAAAUGUGAAUACAAACAUGACCGGCAUGAAUCCACAAAUAAUGGAUCCGAAUGCCGCUAUGAUGUCACAGCAAGGUAUGAUGCCGUUCCAACAGACUCAAGCUGUGUUUAAUCCGAGUAUGAUGCAGGCACAAGGAGGCAUGGCCAUGCCAAUGCCAGGACAAAUGCCAAUGAAUCAAAUGGCACAAGGUCAGAUGUAUCCAGGUAAUGUUGUCGCUUACCCCACACCGCGGGCUAUGAACCCUAACAUGUAUCAGAACAGUACACCGAACCAGAAUCAACAAUCGAAUGAACAAAGAGUUUUCACGGGAACUGUGACAAAAACUCAUAACGAUUUCGGCUUUGUUGAUCACGAUGUUUUCUAUCAAACAUCGGUUUGCGCAAAAGGCGCCAUACCGAAAGUAAACGAUAGAGUACUCGUCGAAGCCACAUAUAAUCCUAAUAUGCCUUUUAAAUGGAAUGCAACACGAGUACAAGUUCUCCCAAAGGGGGGACCUAACCAAAAAAUGAACCAACCUAAGUCAAAUAACUACAACGCAGUUCCACCUCCUUCUAAUAAAAAGUCAAAUAUUAUAUCAAGACGAGACGAUCGUCGGGAUGAACGUAGUUCGCGAAGAGAUGAUAGGAAAAGAUCCCGGACAAGGAGUCGAUCUCGUUCACGUGAUCGUCGGGAUAGUCGUAACAGAAGGGACUCGCCUCCUCGCAAGAGACCUGUAAUACACCAACCUUCGCCCGUCAAAUAUGUAGUCCGAGUACCUAGAAUGCCACUUGAUAUAUCAAACCUCGAUGUUCCAACCUUAUCUCAGAGGUACAGCAAUCUCUAUAUACCGUCAGAUUUCUUCAAUGCAUAUGUUAAAUGGGGGGAGACAUUCCCUCCACAGUCACCAUUUUCUUUAAACAAUCCUUGUGCAUACCACAUAAUGAGCAAAGACGUUCCAAAUCCCAACCCAAAUGAGGCUGUCUUGGAGCCUCCAGAUGCUGAUUAUAGAUUUUCAGCUAAGGUGAUGCUUAUAAGCAUGCCAUCUUUAGAAACUCUCUAUCAAAAGUGUGGUCUCACAAAAGUAGAUGAGAAAGAUAAACGGAAUAGCUCUAAAACGCCACUUCAUCCGACUCGCUUGAUUAAAUUCCUGGUUGGGCAGAAGGGUAAAGGCGGGGAGAACUUCGCUAUAGGCGGGCCGUGGAGCCCUUCAUUAGAUGGAGAACAUCCAGAGACAGACCCUGGAGUAUUAGUGAAAACGGCUAUUAGAACAUGCAAAGCUUUAACCGGAGUUGACUUGUCGAACUGCACUCAGUGGUACCGCGUGGUGGAGUUUUACUACUGGCGGGAGGGCGGCGGGAAGUCGCGACUCGAGUGUGUGGUGUUGUUCCUGCCGGACGUGUGGUCGGCUCGGCCGUCGCGCGUCGAGUGGACCACCGUGCAGGACCAGUAUAAAGCAGCCCGGGAUGCGGAACUGCGCAGACUGCUCGGCGGGGACUCCCCGGCACACCACUCGCCGGACCGAUCACCAAUUGAAAAUUUGGAUGCGAACGCUAGUACUAUAACUAUAGACGAGAAUGAUGACGAUGAUGACUGUAAGCCUGAACCCACGCAUUACUCGAACAUAGAUCUGAGGACCAUAAAAGUGGAUCAGCUGCGACAGGAACUACGGGCACGGAACGUCAGCUGUAAAGGACUUCGAUCGCAAUUAGUUUCACGACUAUCAAAACUAAUAAAGGCCGAAGAAGACAAAGAUACAAAGAACGAAGAUGUAAUGGAAGUAGUAGACGAUGAACAAGAGGAUAAGAAAAAUAUUACAGACACGGUCGAGAUUAAAGAUGACGCGACCAGUGAUAAAGAUAAGCCAUCAGAAGAAAAAAUCGACAAAGAUGAUGCUAACGACUCAAAACCAAACGAUAAAACAAAAGAUGGGGAUAGCAAAGAAAGUGAGGACAGACCGAAAACAGAGAAGGAGAUUGAAGAAGAAAAAAAACGAUUGGAACGUGAGCGUCAGUCUCUGAUGACGCGCUAUGAACUGCCCGCGGCUCCGCACGUGAUUGUACACGCGUCGGGCUCAGCGCGACAAGGACGGUUCGCGUGUAGUGUGGCAUCCUUGUCACUAUUAUUGGACUACAGAGUUACAGACAACAAGGAACACAGCUUUGAGUUGUUCGUGUUUGCGGAGCUCUUCAAUGAGAUGUUAAUGCGCGACUUCGGUUUCUACGUGUACAAAACUCUAUACACGUUACCGGAGAAGGCCGAGGAAGUAAAAGAUAAAGAUAAAAGUGUAGAGAAGACUGACAAGAAAGAAGAAAAGAAAGAAGACAAAAAAGAAGACAAGAAAGAAGACAAAAAAGAAGACAAAAAAGAAGAAAAAAAAGAUGACAAACGUGAUCCACGACGGAGUCACAAGAAGGAAUGUAUGAGUGAUGAGGAGCGAGGUUGGUCUCCACGUUACCGCGGCGGGCGCGGAGUAGAGUUGCCUCCCGACCCUUACCUAUUAUUAUCAUUGGCCUACUUCGACACAGCCCGAGCAGGAGUCAUCUCAAAGAAAGACCUUCAAAGCCUGUUUGUGAGCCUCGGACUACAGCUGUCACGAUCACAGAUUAGGACAGUACUGGAUAAAGUCUGCAUCAGAGAUAACUUCAGCUACAAAACUCUCAUCCAAGCUAUCAAAGACCUGGCAUCCGGAGCGCCAGAAGCCAUACAAGACUUACCAUUGGACAGUACUAUUGACAGUAAUGAAGUACCACCACAUAUCGCAGAACUAGAAGCGACUAUAGCGGCGGGUAACAGGGAGCUGCUGCCCAUGUUUAACAGAGAUACGGGCGGGACAAGCGGUGGGACACGCGACGUGUCUGAUAACGGCAUGGUGUUAUACAAGGGUCGCGUGGUGGACGUGUGCGCGUUAGUGUCAGCGGCCGGUCGCUGGGCCAGCACCCGCGCCCGGCUGGAGGCUGCGCUGGCGUCCGUCACGUCCCAGCUGCGCGCUGCGCGGGCGGCCAGUGCGGCCACGCAGCGCGCGGAGAGAGGUGCGCAGGCGCAGCUCGCGGAUCUAGUAGCCACACUCGCCGCCGCACGCGCCAGGAUCACCUCGCUCACGGCGAGUUCUAAAAUCUUCCAUUCAGCGUUGAAGAGUAUACAGACGAAGGUGGAGGCGGUCGUUAACAUCAAGUAUGAAGAUGAUGACGUCGUUGAAGUCGUGAAUGGUCCUUUCAAAGAGGAGAAUAUUACAAAGGAAGAAAAGUCUGAACAAGGAACAGAGGAAAAGAAGGAAAAUAAAAGUGAUGUUAAAGAAGAACUCAUUAAAAUAGAUGAUACAAGAGAUGUUAAGGAGAAUGAUACUACUGAGAAUAUGGACAUAGACAAGGAGUAG